AUGUUGCUCCAUAGGGUCCAUAUCAAGGAACAGAUGAGGGACGAAAUAGCGAAGCAGGUCAAGGAACAAGUUGAUUCGCAGAUCGUGGAAUACAUCCCUGUGCCUUUGAGACAGCAAGCCGCAGAGGGUAAGAAACAGCUGGAGAAAGUGAGGGCGUCGUUGCACAAUUCCGAGUCGAGGAUCAGCAAUUCAAACGUCGACAUUCUGAACCUGGACGAGGCUCUGGCAACCGUGCUGACGUCUGAAGGUACGAGAAGCGAUUACUUCCCGGCUGACUUGAGGUCACUUUUGUCGUACGACAAUGACGCGACGAAGAAGCUUGUGAAAGAUUAUGGGCUGGUAGAGGCGGAGGAGUCUGAGAUGAAUAUCAAGCGAUUCCUGAUGCACAUAGGUGAGCAGUGGGCAGUCGGGGAAUGUUUUUCGAGACUCACUUAUAAAGGCAAACCAAAGGUGUAA